AUGCCGACAUUGAGUUCUCUCAAUAAGCCACAGAAGCGAGCACUCAUCUUGCGUGACCAGUUUCGAUACCUUGAGCCGGCGCACUUGGACAGCUACCUCGAUGGUGUUACUGCAGAUGAGCCACCCACGUACAAGAACAUCAAUGGCACUGUUCACCCUCCGCUUGCGCAAGUGACCAUCAGAGACCAUGCCACUCGUUUCGACCUAGGCAAUGUCCAGUUCCCCGAGGAGGGUGGGGUGACGUACCGAGCUUACCUGACAUUCGAAGAUGGGCGAUUCGAGAUGCGCACAGAGGACCCGCUACCGAGGGACGACGCUGAGCUGGCCUCGGUCAGUAUCCAUCGCUUCGUUGCGGAGAACAUGUUUCCGCUGUUCAAAGCGAAGUACAAGGCCAUACACGCACGAAUGGAGAAGAUUAACGAGGCCAGACGCGUUGCAUACAAUAUGCUUGGUCAUCCGCCAGCGAAGUUUGAAGAUGGAGAGACAGUUGCCAGGCUGAAUCCAGCAAAGUUCAAGACUAUUGAAGAUGCAUCUCGGGAUGGCACUUCUCGCAAGCGUAGAGAGAUCGUCAAGCAUGCCUCGAACAAGCGUCAACGGAUUGGGCUGGAGACGAUCCCCGAGAAUAUCAAGAGCGAGACAUUCAAUGCCAUACCUGCGCAGGUUAAGGUGAAUCUCUUUGACAACAUCAUCAAGACCGCCUUCCCCAACUUCGACAAUUUGAUCGUCGCAUCGUGGAAUGUUGUCUCGGUCUACGCCAACGUCGGCAGUGACUUCCCGGAGCUUCACAAGGCCGUCGUUGAGCUGAAGGGAGCACUCGAGGAGUUCGAGAGCGCGUAC